UGCCGCAUCCAUGCAAAGGAUGUAGUCAUGUAGACCCUAUUAUAUAUACAUCAUGUAUAUAUAUAGAUAUGAUCGACUCUUGAACUCAUUUUUGUUCUAAACUAUCUCUCUCUCUCUCUCUCUCUCCACGCACACUACGCAUAUAUAGAAACGUUCGGAUCAAUAGAAGGAAGCACAUUGUUGAUUCAUGGAUGUCGAAAAGCUAUGGAACCAUACAAAGAAAGACUCCAUCUUUCAAAAUACUCAUUUCUCUUCUUCUUCAAAACCCUUUUUCACAAGAAGCUUCUCAACCAAAGAUUCAUCUUCUCCUUCUUCUUCAAACCCCAUUUUCACAAGAAGCUUCUCAACAAAAGCUUCAUCUUCUCAUCCUUCAUCAUCCAAAUCCCAUUUCAUGAGAAGCUUCUCAACUAAACCUUCGUCUUCGUCGUCUUCUUGUUCUUCGGAGCCCGUUUUCAGACGGAGUUUCUCAGCAAAGCCCAAAGAUUCGAAGUCUUUGCUCAUGUCUAGAAGCUGUUCCACGAAAUCUUCAGCUGAUCAUUUCUCUUCCAAGUCUUCUUUAGAUCUCUCUAGAAGCUUGUCUCAUAAAGGAGCUUCGGUGACGCGAAAAUGCUUGAAAGUGGCGAAAGAGCAUAAGUCCCGGUUCUACAUAAUCAAACGCUGCGUUUUCAUGCUCGUUUGCUGGCACAAACAUUCUUGAGAGUCAUUUGCAUUGGAUCCAGACAUAGAAGAAAAAUCUUUGUGGAAGCAAAAAAGAAUACAUAUAUGGGUUGCCAUAUAUAUGUUGAAGUUCUUUUAUAUUCACUAUAUACAUUGUCCACCGAUUAACUUCAAACACUUAUAAAUGAACUUGAUUGUAAAGAAAAGCAACCGAAUGG